CUGCGUAUUCUACACUUCAAUGACGUCUAUCAUGUGGCGGCCAGCGCCAAGGAGCCGGUUGGCGGCGCAGCGCGGUUCGGCCACCUGAUGCACACGCUCCAGCAAAGCGACACGCCAACGCUAACGCUAUUUUCAGGCGACGCGUACUUCCCCAGCCUCGAAAGCAGCAUCUCCCGCGGCGAGCACAUGCUCCCUGUACUGAACAAGCUGAAGAUCGACGCGGCAGCCUUUGGCAACCACGAGUUCGACCAGGGCAUCGAGGUCCUGGAGGGCCUGGUCCGGCGCAACAACUUCCCCUGGGUGAUCAGCAACCUGACCGACAAGGACACAGGCGGGCCGGCGGCCACGGGCAGCGUGACGCACCUGGUCAAAGAGGUAGGCGGAAUGCGGGUAGGAAUCAUUGGCAUUGUCGAGAAGGAAUGGCUUGAUACCCUGCCGUGUCUGCCGCCGACGUUCCAGUACCACGAUUUCAUUGCCGAGGCACGGACGAUGGCCGAGAAGCUGCGUGAUAAGAGCGACCCGGAGAUGGCGUGCGAUCUGGUCAUCUGUCUGUCGCAUAUGCGGCUGCCGAACGAUAUCAAGCUGGCGGAUGCCUGCAAGGAUGUUGUUGAUCUGGUGCUGUCCGGCCACGACCACUUUUACUAUCUGGGCUCGGGGAUUGACUCGCGGGUGAUCAAGAGCGGCACGGAUUUCCGCGACCUGAGCGAAAUCACGCUGACGCUGGCAAGGCCGGGCGCAGUGAGCAAGGUCGACGUCGUGCGCCACCGCGUCACAAGGCAGAUCGAGGAGGAGAAGGAGAUCAGCGAAAUGGUAGACAAGAUCGAGGCGCACCUCAGCAAGGCCAUGGACAAGGUGGUUGGGUUCACGACCACAACCUGGGAUGCCCGCUCGACCGUCUGCCGCACGCAGGAAAGCAACAUCGGCAGCCUUUCGGCCGACCUGAUGCGGCUGUGCUACGCCGAGACCAUUGGUGUGCAGAUUGGGUUUUUGUGCGGCGGGGCGAUCCGCUCCGACAAAGUGUACGAGACCGGGGAGGUCAAGCUGCGCGAUAUCAUGGAGAUCUUCCCGUUCGACGACCCGGUGGUGGUGGUCAGGCUGACCGGCGACCAGAUCAGACGGGCGUUAGAGAACGGCGUCAGCAAGUGGCCGGCGCAGGAGGGCCGGUUUCCGCAGGUCAGCGGGCUCCGGUUCCAGUUCGACCCGAGGAGGGCGCCCGGCGACCGCGUGUCCGACACAGACGUGGAUUCCGAGUGCGGCGGCGAAGAAGACGAGCUCUUGGAUAUGUCGGCCGAGUAUAUUGUGGCUACGCGCGACUACAUGUACCAGGGACACGACGGCUACGAGGCACUGAACGAGGGCGAGCUUCUGCUGGACGAAGAAAACGGAAUCUCCUUCUCCAACCUCUACCGCCGGUUCUUCCACGGCCUG